AUGGUCUUAUUGAACGGCGACAUCAUGGUGAAGCUGCAUCUGUCAAUCUCAAAGCUGUGGACGCAGAACAUAAACAUUUGGUCAAGAUCUGUUCCAGCUAUACUCCUGAAGACAUCUGGAAUGCUGACAAGACCAGCUUUUUCCAUCAAUGCCUCCAGACCGGACCCUUUGUACUGUGCCAAUGAAUGGGACCAAGCAGGACAAGUUCUGCAUCUCUGCUCUUGUGGUUUGCAACUCAACAGGCACAGAGAAACUGAACUUGAUGUUCAUUGA